AUGCAGGCCAAGAAGCGGUACCUGCUCGUGUCUGUGGGGGCCGGUCUUCUCUUCCUCGUCUAUCUGUGGGGUCUGCAAAUCGGGGAGUUCCAGCAGCAGCCGUACCAAUAUCGCCAGUACCCCCAGUACCCCCAGUACCACCAGUAUCGCCAGGAACACCAGUACCCCCACCAGAAUCAGGACGUGCACCAGCCCCAGCCCCUGCCCCAGCGAAGUCCGUCCAGACCGCCCAGGCACUGGCCGGAGCCGACCGAGCUGCUGGAGCCGUACCUGGAGGGGGGAGAGCAGGAGGAGGACAGCCCCCAGCUCCAUCACCAGCACACCUCCCCUCGUGAGCGACGGGCCAUCCGCGACAACAUCUACAAGAACAAGCGCUGCCGCAUGGAAACCUGCUUCGACUUUGCUCGCUGCCAGUCGGGCUUCAGGGUUUACAUCUACCCUCCGCAGAGGGGGGACGAGAUCUCGGAGACCUACCAGAAGAUCCUGUCAUCCAUCGAAAAGUCUCGCUUCCACACCACGGACCCUUCGAGGGCCUGUCUCUUUAUUCUGGCAGUGGACACGCUGGACCGGGACCAGCUCUCUGCUCAGUACGUGCAGAACGCGAGGUCCCGCAUCCAGAGCCUGCCGACGUGGAACGACGGCAGGAACCACCUCAUCUUCAACCUCUACUCUGGCACCUGGCCGGACUACACAGAUGAUCUCAGUUUUGAGGUGGGCCAGGCCAUGCUGGCCAAGGCCAGUGCUGACGUGGCCAACUUCCGACCAAACUUUGAUAUCUCCAUCCCUCUGUUCUCCAGGGAUCACCCGCUGAAAGGAGGGGGGAUAGGUUAUCUGACACUGAAUGACGCGCCACCUUCCAGGAAGUACCUGCUGGUUUUCAAAGGAAAGCGGUACCUGACUGGCAUAGGGUCUGAGACGAGGAACGCUCUGUAUCACAUCCACAACGGGGACGAUAUUGUCCUGCUUACCACGUGUAAACAUGGCAAAGACUGGGAGAAACACAAGGACUCUCGCUGUGAGAGGGAUAACGAAGAAUACUCAAGGUUCGACUACCAGGAGCUGCUCCAUAACUCCAGUUUCUGCCUGGUGCCCCGGGGCCGACGUCUGGGAUCCUUUCGCUUCCUUGAGGCCUUGCAGGCGGCUUGUAUCCCGGUUAUCCUGAGUAACGGCUGGGAGCUCCCCUUCUCCGAAGUGAUCGACUGGAGGAAAGCCGCCAUCAUCGGAGAUGAGAGACUGCUGUUACAGGUUCCCUCCAUUACUCGGUCUGUGGGCUGUGACAGGAUCUUGGCUCUACGCCAGCAGACUCAGUUCCUCUGGGACGCUUACUUUUCUUCUGUGGCCAAAAUAGUCUUAACUACUCUGGAGAUCAUCCAGGACCGCGUGGACUCCCAUGUGUCCAGGAACCGGUUGUUGUGGAAUUCCCUUCCUGGUGGUCUCUAUGCACUCCCCCAGUACUCAACUGACCCGGCCCAGUUCCCGUUUUACUAUGCCAUACUGGGUAAGAGUCCAUCGCAGCAGUUCACAGCUGUGAUCCAUACGGUAACUCCUCUGCAGUCCCAGAUCUCCCCUGUGGUGAAGCUUAUCAUCGCGGUAGCCAAGUCCAAGUUCUGUGCACAGCUUGUGGUUUUGUGGAACUGCGACAAGCCUUUACCUCCUAGGAACAAGUGGCCCUCCACCAGCGUGCCUCUCACUGUCAUUGAAGGACAGAGCAAGACGAUGAGCAGUCGUUUUCUCCCCCACGACGUCAUCCUCACUGAUGCCGUUCUCAGCCUGGAUGAGGACUCGGUCCUCUCAACCAAUGAGGUGGAUUUUGCCUUCACCGUAUGGCAAAGUUUUCCGGAGCGUAUCGUAGGUUAUCCGGCACGGAGCCACUACUGGGACAGUUCCAAAUCCCGCUGGGGCUACACCUCCAAGUGGACCAACGACUACUCCAUGGUCCUUACAGGGGCAGCUUUCUACCACAGGUACUACCACUACCUGUUCACCCACCUCGUCCCGGCCAGCCUGCUGACCAUGGUGGACGGCAUGGCGAAUUGCGAGGACAUCCUGAUGAACUUCCUGGUUUCGGCCGUUACCAAGCAACCGCCAAUCAAAGUCACACAGAAGAAGCAGUACAAGGAAACCAUGAUGACCCAGGGCUCCAAGGCUUCUCGGUGGGCCGACCCCGACCACUUCACCCAGCGGCAGACCUGCAUGAACGCCUUCAGCCACUGGCUCGGCAUCAUGCCCCUGGUGCACUCCCAGAUGAGGCUGGACCCCGUGUUGUUCAGGGACCAGGUUUCCAUCCUGAGGAAGAAAUACAGGGACAUCGAGAGGCUGUGAUUGCACAAGGAUACAUGCCAAAUCGCUGACCGAGAGAGAGGAAGUAAGUGAGGCAGCGAGGUGUGCGUGUAUGUGUGUGUGUUCUUCUGUUUCCUGUUUGAGAGGUGAUGGCAAGAAUAUACACGCCGAAUGCGAACACUUGUGAGACUAUAAAGGAGAACUCACACAUGCACUGGACAUAAAAACGAUAAAGCACCGAGGUAAGCAUAAGGCAUUUAACUGCGCAUUUCUAUUGAAAAAACCCCACUGAUUGUGAAGGCGUGGUCGAUAUCAGUGGUUAACUGUGCAUACCCGCCACCUGUGGCAGUACUCGUAAAUACGAAUGCAUGGAUACACAUGCAACAACGACCUGGACACGUUCGAGGCAGUCCUGACCACAGACAUACAGUAUGUGUUGCAUGGUUUGAAAAAGACAGCUGUUAAAAGGACCUGAAAAAUGUAACG